GACACUAGCCCGCAGGAGAUAAGUAUAUUACGAUGUGGUAGCGAAGGCUGUGGGAAGAAGGUAAAUAAUAAUAUUAAAGUUAUGCUUGAUAUCUUUGUUUCUUUCAAAAUUUGAGCGAAACAUUGUGCAUGGAACCAAGAGCUCUUCAGUUUUUCUUUGCGUUCUUCUAUGAUUGCAUAGUAUUUAUGAUUUAAAAGUAUCUUAUCAGUUGAGUUACUGCAGCCAGUUACUCCUCAGUCACAGUUUGAGUUUGAGUUUAAUAUUAAGUUUAAGUUUAGUAAACUUAGAGUUAGAGUAACUUCUUAUUCUUAGUAAUCUUAGAGUUAGACUUAGUACUUUGUCAGUAUUUACUGCUACUAAUUUAGUUCACUUACUUUUUAGUUAGACUUAGACCUCUUAAUAAUAGUAGUUGUAAUUAACAGUAAUAGUAGUAACAGUAAAGUAAGCGAAACUAAGUAAAAGUAAGUAAGUAACCCGCUAAGAUUAAGAUACUUAAUUUAAUUUUAAUUACAGACUUUGGCUUAAAUGUUUCCUUAAAUCCUAGUCUAGUCACAAUAAAAUAACUCACAGACAAUACAGACAAUAGUAAUAGUGUCAAUAGUAAUAGUUAUAGCUACACCUAGACUAGUUGAAUUUAAAUUACUGAAUCAUUGAGAUCGAGUCAGUGACAGUGUCAUCGGACAAACUCAAUCAAUCAUCAAUCUGUAAAACUUCUAAGGUGACUAAGUUAAAGUACUAAGGCAAGGAUUACUUCAAUUUCACUCUUCAGUUACAAAUCAAGUAUGCCAUAUAAAAUAUAAUUAUAAAAAUAUAAAAUAUAUCAACUACCACUUCAGCGGCGUCAGAUGUUCAAAAAUCGUGUUUCUCGGUUUAAGCAAACAGUGUUUGAGUUUAUCAUAGUUUUCCCCCCAGGGUAAAAAUGAAUUUUAAAGGCAAUAAGAAGUGAUAAGAGUACGGCAAGUACCAAACUGUCUUUCCAGUUUGUACUUCAAGCGCAUCCACAUAUUUUCUACAUUCUGAGAGUGGACACCAGUGACAGCGACAUUUGAAUUAACGAAGUUUUGUUCAUGGGCCACAACAGACAGAUUGUUCAUAGAUUUCAUGUCUUAUCUGAUUUAUGGUCGCACAUUGGUCGGGCACUUCAGCAAGAAAAUAGUGCCCACCCUCUUUUUCUAUGUCAGUGAAAACCCACUGACUCUCUCUCCACUGUCCACCACAGUGGUAUUUCCGAUAAAAUAGCACUUCAGACCCAAAAACACUAUUUUAGAAUUGCCGACGCUGGUGUGGUAGGUAAAUACCCCCAUAGCAGCCAAUUUGUAUUUUGAAAUUUAGUUGGCCAAACCCCAUCCCCUCUUUUUGCGUUUAAUUCAAUACUGGAUACACAUCAAAAAUACUUUGACUAAUGGCAAAUCAACAGCAAAUACUGCAAUGAAGCAGCAACAUGAGAUAAUGAGGGUGAUAGCCCCUCUCAGACAGUUUUAGGGUUCACAUAACAUUAUUUUAAUAUAAACUACAAUAUCUCUUUAGUCUUAACUGGCGUAAUAUUCAGAAAUAGUUAUAUUCACAGGCCCAUUGCUGCUUGCUGAUUCCUGGCUCACAGAUAACUUCAUAAACUUGAAAAUUAAUUAUAAUUACUCUAAGUGUUAAAUUUUAGGUGAGUCCAUUGUUAGUGGUUUUCUACUUUUUUAUCUUGCGAAAUACUGUAAUUAUUAUUAAAAUUCUUUAAGAUACCAUAUAAAAAAAUCAUUGCAAAAAUAGUUUGUGUGGUCAGAGAAAAUUAAAGUUAUUAAAUUAGAUUGAUAAAAGCUUAUUAUGAAUGACCAUAAAAUUUGUAGAGUCCGAAAAACCAUUUGCAUUGAUUUUUAUAAGUGUAAUGAAAUCGUUUGUCCCACUUUGAAGCCUCUUCCACACACCAAUUCAAAACUACUUAUUUUGUUGAUUGUUUAAAAAAAAACAACUAGUAUACAUGAUUAAUUGACACGUUGAAUAGAGAAAAACGAUUAUACAUGAUUAUUUGAAAAGCUAAUGUACUUGAUUAUGAGACAUUUUUAAUACAUAGGGAGACUAGGCACUUUGCCUUUGUGAUCAGUUAAUUAGAAGUAUUUGAAAUUCAAAAGCAUUGGGGGGAGGGGGGGCACAUCUGGCCAGUGUAAAAAUCAUUAAUCAUCUACAACUAAAAGAUUUAUUUACUAUAAAUUGUCAUUAAAAAAUUGUAAAUGUGCAGUAUUCUCCCCAACAAUGAUUUAGUCAGUCAUAUUGUGACUAGUUGUAACUAGAGUGUGGCAGUGUAAAAUAUUUUUUAUUUAUUUAAGAAGAAGAGUCCAAAAACAGUUUGCUUUAUUAACCCUUAGAAAUGGCAACAGCGAUUUGGAGCCCAGCAGGCAGAUGUUGUUUGCCUAUUUUAAAAAAGGUUUGUUUUUUCUUAUUCAUAUUGUUGGUCCAAAUCCCUUAUUAAACAAUUUUAGUAAUUAAAUUGAAAUAGACUUGUUCCAGCUUCAACUUCAAUGAAUGCUUUUUUCUUUUGUGACAGACUAAGUAGCUAUUAAACCUUGAUUUUUUAAAUGAGGUUUUAAUCUAUGUGAAGUAUUUUGGUUUUUCUAUUUGAAUGAAUAUAAUUUCUAGUGGUGUUAUUGUUUUUUGGUCUCUUAAAAUGUAACAAAAUAAGCUGUUUCAUACAAAAUUAAUUUGCCCAUAAUUAAUUUUUUCAUACCAAAGCAAUUGUAGUUUUCUCACAAGCUUUACACCAACACCAUUGAUUUAUAAUUAUGAAACAAUGAUUAUAGCCACCACUUUUUGGUACUGAUCUCCAGCAUAUGCCGCUAUUGUUUGCCUCACGCCAUGAGAGCAGCCUGCCACCACUGAAAACGGAGAAACUUAACCACAACAUUCAGCUACGUACCAUUCAAGAAACUUCAAAAUCUCCGCGGCCACUUGUGUUGCUAUUUGGUUGGAUGUUGGCCAAGCAGCGCCAUCUGGACAAAUAUGGCAAUCUUUAUCACAGCAAAGGUUUUGAUGUGCUCAGUGUACAAGUGAGUUUUAUAAUAUAUUUCCACUUCCCUAUAAAAUGCCUGUAUUUGUUAAUUCAAAUUAUAUUUAUAAGAUAAAUAAUAAAAACAAAAAUGCUUCUAUAACUCCUAAUUUUGUUCUGCCAUAAGUAAAACAUUUGGUGUUAACUAUUAGAGCUUUGAAAAAUGUAAGGAUUUCCCCUCAGAUUAGCAAAAUAAAGACUACUCAAAAUUAAUUUCUACAAAAAGCCAGUAGAAUGAAUUUUAAAAAUCUACAAAUCAAACUUUGAUUCAAAUUAAUUGAAAUUUAACCUCUACAAUCCAGAUGAAACCCACUCAAGUUUUGAUUCCAACACAAGCUCAAAAAACAAUGGAAGAACUCUUAAACAUACUUCAACAGAAAAGCUUAAAUGAGAAACCACUAAUGGUCCAUGGUUUCUCUGUGGGAGGAUAUAUGUAUGGAGAGCUGCUUAUCAAACUGAAAGAAAAUGCUGAAAAAUAUCAGAAUGUGAGAAGAAGAAUGGUUGGCCAGAUUUUUGACAGCCCUGUUGAUUAUGAAGGCGUGGCCCCAGGCUUUGCUUCAGUUCUGGUAAAAAACAAAGUUGGCCAGAAGAUACUGAAAAAUGCCCUAGAAGCUUAUUUGGCCACUUUUAAAAAAACAAUCACAUGUCAUUACAUCAAAUCUUCAAAUGCCUUUCAUAAGAAUGAAUUACGACUGCCAUCUCUGCUGCUUUAUUCCAGGUCGGAUCCUAUUGGUGUAGAUACAAGAAUAGAAAUGGUAAGUUAUCAUCAGUAGCCCUAAUCCUAUUGGUGUAGAUACAAGAAUAGAAAAAAAGAAAAGUUAUUUGAUCACAUAAAAAAUAAUCAAAUGACUUGGUACUAAAACCCAUAGCAUUUAUUUAAAGUAUGAUUUUUGUUAGAUAUAGUUCACAUGUAUGUUAAACUAACAAGUUUUCAUCAAUUGAUGCUGUGAGAUGAUCAAAUCACUGGCUUGUGAUGACUUGACAAGGUUAAAAGCUACUUGUGAAGAAUAAAUUUAAAAAAAAAACCCAACUAACCCAAGCUAAAGUGAAAUGUAAGAGAGCUAGCACUGAUUAAGUGCAUGUAUCGAAUCAGUGUGAUGUUCCAAGGUCAAUCAUCAGGAAUGUCCUUGUUAAAAGACAGGUAGUUUAGUAGUUGUAAGUUCUUGUACUGUUACUAGCGUUAGAAUUAAAAAUGCAGAUUAAAGGAUUUUAUCAGAUGACCUACUCUGUUGUGAGACUAUCUUUGACCUACUGACCUUGUAAGAUAGCUUGUCAUUUUUUUUUUAAAUUUGGACUAGUGAUAGUUUUAGAGAUGAAAUGUCACAAAGAUAGUUAUUUUUUGUCAGUAAUUGAGAAGAAUAACAGCUAAUGGUUAAAGUGAUCUUAUACUGGCCAAACAAUGGUAUUAUAUUGAUGAACACUUUUGAAAAAUUAGGAUCAAGAGAAGGAAAAUGGCAAUUAAUAUUAAAAAAAUAAAACUGUGUGGCCCCAUGACACUGUGGUACUCUUGAUGAGGAUGAUUGAGAACCUUCAUAACGCUUGUGUCCAUGCUAUUUUAGCAUUCUCACAGAGCUCUGAUGUCCUAAAAUCUAUUUAAAGAAAAAAUUCUUUAAAUGUUUAUUAUAUGACUUUUUAUCAUUUGCAAUGUCCCUCAAAGAUUGAGGCAAACUGUUCCAUAAUUUAGGCGCACAAGCUUCAAAAGAGCGUACUCAGUAUGACUUCUUCCUGUGCCCAUCCACACUGGGAACACAGUAAGGACUGUGUUGAAGAGCGCAGGUUCUUUAUGGAUGUUUAGAAAUCAGUUUGUGAAGAUAUAUUAUACAGGUGCAGAGCCUUCUAUACAGCUAUACGACAGAGACAAACACUGUGUGGACCCUGUGGCACAGUGCCAGUUUUGCCUGUCUCAAAACCAAAAGGUAUUGGGUUUGAAUUUGUCUAGGGUUGUCUCCAGGUAUGGGAAAAUUUGCAGGUGGAAUGGUCUUGUCAGCCCAGCCAGGCAGCUAUUUUUGGGGAGGAGGUAAGCCCGGAGUAAAAGACUCAAACACCAAUACCAAAAGAUAGCAGCCACCUUGGCGUGGAAUAUAAAAUCAGCUGUAUACACAAUCCCAGACCUGUUUACUCUAACGAUUUUGGCGUUCAAUGUACGAUUUUGGCCUACAAUGUACGGUUUUUAGGUGUAUACAUUAUAUAUACUGCACAUUUUUUUUCUAUACAGAGAAUGUAUUGAACGAUUAUGUGAUGAUAUUGUAAGAUUUUAGGAGUUUGGGGGUAAACAGGUCAGCAAUCCUCCCAAAAUAAACAUAAUGAGGAUAGGUGUAAAAAAAAUAAACACUUUAAACAAAAAUUAAAAAUUAUCUUAUCGAUGAAGAAAUUCAAUUUUUUAAACACAGCUUGUUUUUUUAGAAAAUAUUUAAAAAAUUUGAGCAUCAUAUUUCUUUGACUUUAAUGUUUGCAUAAAAUGUAUCAAAUAUCAUUACAUGAAUAUAAUUUAAAGUGUUACAGUUCCAAAAAGAUAUUGAGUGACUUGUUUGUGUUCUAUCUUCAUAAUGAGAUAAUUUGAUCUCCUAGGUCAUGAAAAGUUGGAGGUCUCAGGGCAUAUCAGUGAUGACUCGAUGCUGGGAAACUUCACCUCAUGUCAGCCAUUUCCAUCGUCAUCCUGAUGAGUACAUUGAAGCCAUCUUGAAAUUCUUGAACAGUGUUGGGCUUACUAAAACUGAAACUCCAGCCCUCAAGAGAAAAGCAGGGACCAAAAUACAGAAAGAAGUCCAACAGGCAAUUUGAAAACUCUACACCACAGCUUGGGUACUUUUAAAGUUUUGUGAAAUUCCCUAGAAAAAAUAAACUAAAUAGAAAACAUUUUAGAGAUUAUAAAAUGACACAAUGAAGAUUCAUUUAAAUACAAUUUUUAGCUGAGCUUAGCAAUUAUUUAGGUUAUUAAAGAUAUAAAAGUUAGUCGCAGAUUUCAAGCUAUUGAAAAUGAAUUAUAAGAUAAUUUAUUGGGAUGAAAAAUACCAGCCAUUUUAUAGCCGAUAUAGCUUAUUGUAAAUAUUUGGUAGGUUAAUUUUUUUUAGAAAUUCCUGUUGCCUUCUUUUGCAGUUUUAACAAAAUUAUUUUUUAAAAAAAUAAAAAAGGUAACUAGAUUUAAUCUGAAAUUUCCAUAACUUGUUUCCUUAUUUUUUUAUUUUGGCUAAAUAUUUGAGCAUUCCAAUGUUUACAUAGACAGUUGUCAUAAAUUGUAAAGCAUGGGAUGACUAAUAGAGCAAGUCUGAAUUUUCCCAUAGGCUAUCUACUAGGGAUCUGAUGACUAAAAAAGCAAGUCUGAAGUUUUCCCAUAGGCUAUCUACUAGGGAUCUGAUGACUAAAAAAGCAAGUCUGAAGUUUUCCCAUAGGCUAUCUACUAGGGAUCUGAUGACUAAUAGAGCAAGUUUGAAGUUUUCCCAUAGGCUAUUUACUAGGGAUCUGAUGACUAAUAGAGCAAGUUUGAAGUUUUCCCAUGGGCUAUUUACUAGUGGUCUGAAUGAUUACUGACUGUAAUCUAAAAUAAUUAUCAGUCGUAAGAUAUUGAAAUAUUGAUUUCUGAUGUCACAUUAUUGACGUUCUGUUAACAAAAUCCUUGACUCCAAGUUGAGCCCGCAAAUAAUCAUCCAUAGAAAAUAUUCACACAAAAAAAUUCAUUACUACUUAUACUUAUUAUACUUAUUUUUGGUCAUACAGUGUAAGACCAGUAAUUUUUUUACUACUUUUUGUACAAAUAUUUGUGAAAUUAAUGGUGACUAAUUUUUAAUGACUUAAAAGUCAUUGGCAUUAUAUUUAUUGUCAUUAUUUCAUUUUAGUUCGCUUAUAUAUGGAAUCUGUUUAUAACUGCUUGGAAAUCUAUAACGUUCCCUCUGUUGUACAUUCUUACACCAUUAGUGCUUAGUGAUUAUAAGAAAUAUCAAUCAGAUAAUUAUUUCAUAAGUAAUAAAGGCUGUUUUAAAAAAAAAAAAAAACUUGUGUUGUAAAGAAAUAUCAAACUCAAAGCUCUAACUAAACCUUAUAAUUCUGAACUAGUCUAUAAUAAAUGAAACUGCUACGAUGAUCUUGUUUUUAUUAAACUUCAUUUUUUCGUUCACUUAGCAACCUGGAUUCCAUUAAUUAAUUAACUGUGAUUUUCAGUUAUUUUACAUUGUUCACUUUUGAGUCUUGUUUAUAUUGUUCACUUUUUCCAUUAUAUAUUUGACAUGUUCACUUGCAAUAGGUUUACAAGAUAAUGGUUUAGAAAAUGUUAAUUUUGAAAAUACAUAUGAAAACAUUCUUCCUGAUAUCAAUUUAGUAUUCUAACCAUCUCUCACAAACUAAGUCUAGUAGCUAUUCUGUGAUUACAAUUUUUUGUGUGUGCAGAACUCUUUCAAUCUAGUCCCCAGGUGACAGGAAGGUGUUUCAAUAACAAACAACCAAAUGCUUUUCUUAUACAAGCUAAUAAAAAAAGUGCAAUUAAUUAUUAUUUUUUAGGAAGAUUGGGAAAUCUCUCAUAGUUGAAUAGGAGGAAUUUAUGAGCCCAAUUGGCUAGUAUUAAUAUUUUUUUCACUUCAAACUUUGUUGUGGUUUUUUUACAUUUGAAAUAACUGAUUUUUCUGAUUACCUCUUUUGAUGUAACUUUUUCAUUGGCUUAGAAUUUAAUGUUUUAAAAUGUGAGCACUAAACAAUUCUAAUUGGACAUGAUUGAUUUGUGACCAUUUUUUUUUACAGUUAAUUUUUGUAGCAUCUAUCAUCUAUAUUCUAGGUGGAUUCACUAUUCACUAUGGAUUUAAUUAGUUCUUUUGUAAAAAAAGAAACUUCAAUAGAAGUGUGUUUGAAAAAAUUUCUUUCAUAUAAAUUUCUGGUAGCCCUAUAGACUAACGUAAAAAUUGCUACAACGUAGCAUCAUCAAACCUUAAAUAAAAAAAUUUGAGAUGUUCAUUGCAAAGGUAAAAAAAAAAAAAUUUUCCCUACCCAUUUUUAUUGUUUAAAAGACUAAAAAAUUAAAACUUAUCACACAAUUGAGUCUGAUGCUGAAGAAAUAUUUCCUAUCCCGUCUGUAAAAAAAGUGUUGUAGCUUUUAAGAUUUUUUUAUUCUUGUUGAAAUUUAUAUAGCUCUGUUGUUUUAUUUAUUGUUGAUGUUUGGUUUAAUAAAUUAAUUUGAUUGUUCCAUACAUUUUUUUUUUUGUAGGAAUAACGAAACAUUCUCUAGAUAUGUUUCUGCAACAAAAGUAGUAAAUGAACAGUUGUUCAAUUCGUGAUUAAUGGUGUAGGAGCCAAGUAAUGGCUAAAUGUUUUUGAAAGUCCUUUAAUGUAGCAACAUCAUUUUAAUAGGCAAAUGUAUUAUUUUCACCCAAAAAAAUAAAAUAAAUACUUUUAGCAAUCCUAGAUUAAGAAUUUGAGUGCAUGUUUUCUUUUAUUUUCACCUAUCAAAUUUACUUCAAUUCGAGAAUCUUUUGACAAUCCCUUCAAUUAUUUUAUGUAAAAUGUUAAUAUUUUUGUUUAUUUGUAUUUCUUUUUGUUACCGGUAUCUAAUGCUUUUUGAAAGAGAAAGCAGUUAAAUUUUAAGAUGCUUAGGACUAAGCCAUUUUCAUGUUUGCUUGGGUAAGUUUUUGUAAUGCCAAACUUGUAAAUAGUCUUGACAAUAUAUUUUUUUUUAUAAAUGUUCCAUUCACUUUGUUUACAAUGUAAAUACAUAAACAUUGCCAGAGGUAAUACAUUAAUUUGUGAUUAUUUUCUACUUAUGAAAACAGACAGAAAUUUCAACAGGUGAUAUCAAAAGACAACAUUGUCAGCCACCAAAUCUCCAUUUGUCUCUUGUUUUAAAGAGACUGAAAUGUGCCAUGUCCCCUACAUGAAAUAAUAAAUUAAUUAAAUGUUAAUUAGAGAUAAAUUAAUGAAUGUGUGGUGUAAACUCAGGGGAAGCAACUUUAGCGUUAUUUAAGACAAUAAAUAGAAGUUUCAAGUUCUUUACCCUUGAAUGUUUGUUCCAGAUAAAUACUAUGUCAAUGAUGCCCAAACUUCAAUCCUGUAUGGUUCAAAAUAUUCACUGUGCAAUUUUUAAAGUGUCCACAUAUUUUGGUCAUGCCUUCUGAUUUAAAAAAAUUUUUUUUGUUUUUACAGGAGCAAAUUUUGUUUUAGCAGAAUUUUUUAAACCGGUUGCAUUAUGUCGAAACACCAUUAGUUAAAUUUGUCCAUGUAUGUGUUCACCAACAAUCAGUCAAUCUGUUUAGUGAAGUAAAAUUUGUCCAUUUAUGUGUUGUUGACCAGCAAUCAGUAAAUCAGUUUAGUAAUCAAUGUCUCCACAGUCCUUACAACAAACACCUAUUGAUUCAUCUAAAGUCCACCACAGAGAUUGCCAGCUUUCUGGUCUCAAGGGUUGUCAGAGAUUGCCAGCUUUCUGGUCUCAAGGGUUGUCAGAGCUUUGUUCACAUUUCUUGCAAGGGUAAUUGUUUGAACAGAGUCUCAGAAAUCCUUUACUCUUUCCUUAUAGUUGGACUCAUUAGGUUUAUAGGUUUUAUUUUUAUUAAGGCAGUAAAGAAACACUUUUAACACAGGAUUCAAUGACUAGAUGAUUUAUUAUGACAAGAGAGUGCAGUCAAACAACAUGUUGUGUUGGACUCUUGGAGUUCAACAUGUUGUGUUGGACACUAGGAGUUUAAUUUAACAUGUUGUGUUGGACACUUGGAGUUUAAUUUAACAUGUUGUGUUGGACACUUGGAGUUUAAUUUAACAUGUUGUUUUGGACACUUGAAGUUUAAUUUAACAUGUUGUGUUGGGCACUUGGAGUUUAAUUUAACAUGUUGUGUUGGACACUUGGAGUUUAAUUUAACAUGUUGUGUUGGACACUUGGAGUUUAACAUGUUGUGUUGGACACUUGGAGUUUAAUUCAUUGACUGCUGUAAGUUAACAAGGCGGCAAGAUAUCUUUUGUUUAAAAAUCCAUCCACAGAAUGAUUGCUCUCCCCUAGAUGCCCUUGUGUUUGUGUCAUGAACCAAGUGUCACAUCAGUAAACAUUAUAGAUGACGUCUAUCUCUGACACAUCAGUAAACAUUUGGAUGGCUUCUACCUGUAACAGCAGUGGGCAAAACACAUAACUUAUAAAUCAUAAACUUAUAAACCUUUUUUUUUUUCUUUUUUUUUAAAUUUAAAAAAAAAAAUUUUUUUUUAUUAAUCAAAAUCAUU